GAUGAAUGAUUGACGUCUACCCUGGUCAAUAGCUGAAACUUAAUCUGAAGCUGCAGCCAAAAACUGAAUAAGCGCCUCUUUCCACCAGUAAAUGAGCAAAGAGUUCGUAUCGAUUCGCUCGAAACGCGGGUGGCAUGUGUGCGACUAGUAAAUGUACCCUCGGUACCACUUCCCCGCAUUUUCGGCUUCAGCAGUUCAACAGCUUUCCGAGGUCGUCAGGUCAUGAUCAGGAAAACAACUCUUUCUCACUGAACGAAUUCUACCUUCAGAAUUAAUCUCACAUUUUAAGCAACAAAUAACGUCAAGAUGUCGAAGAACACUAUGAAGGCCGUUGUUUUCAAGGGGACGUUGAAGGUUGAGAUUGAGGAUCGUCCGAUUCCCAAGAUCGUGGAUCAGACGGAUAUGAUCAUCAAAGUGAAAUACUCAGCGCUUUGUGGAAGUGAACUCCAUGUCUUCCGAGGUCACCAACCUAGCAAGACAGAUUUCAUCAUGGGCCACGAAACAACCGGCGAAGUCUCGGAAAUCGGAUCCGCAGUCAAGAACCACAAAGUAGGCGACACCGUCGUAAUGCCAUUCACCGUAUCAUGCGGCGAAUGCUUCUACUGCCAGAAAGGCUUCUCUUCCCGCUGCGAGAAAUGUCUCUUGUUCGGCUGUCCACUCUUGGAUGGCGGCCAAGCGGAAUACAUGCGUGUGCCACUCGCCGAUGCAACUGCAGUGAAGGCUCCAGAGGGGAUCGAUGAGAAGAAGCUGGUGUUGAUGGCUGAUAUUUUCCCGACUGGGUAUUUUGCUGCUGCCAAUGCGUUCAGAGGGUUCGAUGAGGAGACUAUUCAUCAGAGCGUGGUUGUUUUGAUUGGAUGUGGACCAGUCGGACUUUGUGCUCUGAUCAAUGCUUUGGAAUACAAACCGAGAGUUGUCAUCGCUGUCGAUCGUGUUGAGAGUCGUCUGGAGUUAGCGAAGAAGUUGGGAGCCGAGCCGUGGAAUGAUCAGAAGGAUAGAGCUGGUCUUGAAAAGCGAGUCAAGGAGUUGACAGAUGGAAGAGGUGCGGAUACGAUCAUUGAGGGUGUUGGUCAUGCGGAUGCGCUGAAGACUGGAUUUGAGCUCAUGAGACCAUGGGGCAAUAUCUCAAGUUUCGGAGUUCAUAAUGAAGAGAUCCCAUGGACGGGCAACCAGGCCUACGGAAAGAACUUGAGAAUUCAAAUGGGACGAUGUCCCGUCAGAAGCAUCUUUCCCCAGGCUCUCGAAAUGUUGAAGAAGAAGCAGCACCUGCUUGACUUCAUGACAGAUAAGUUCAUGCCUCUCAGUGAGGCAAUCGAAGGCUAUGACAUCUUCAACAAGAUGCAGGUGCAGAAAGUGGUCUUCGUACCAGAGCACCAAUCUUGAAAUGAAACAAUAUGAAAUGGUUCUGAAAGUGUAUUCUUAUUAAUUCACGACUUGCAAAAUUCACAAACGUUCCAUUUCUCUCGCCCUAUUCCCUAUCAAAGUCGCUCUUGCUAUCAGCUCACAGCACUCUGUUCUCAAUGCCCUCGUCUCAGCGCGGAGAACUAGUCCAGGAAGUGCAGUGAAUAUGAAUUCAUUUGCAUGGUGGAAUCCCACUAAGCAGAAUUGCAAUACAGAAGUCUCAACGCG